GCGCUGAAGAACGGGAGGCGGAGGAGGAGCCUGGGUGGAUUAUGGCGUCAUAGCUGCCUGGGUGUAUGCGCGCUAGGGAGCCCGGCUUGCUGCAGUAGCAGAAGAAGCUGCUGUAGGGUGCGAAGAAGAGCCACAUCCGACGGGAAGGUGAGGUUGCAGCCGCAGCUCCUCGGACCUCGAAAGGGCCACGAGCCAGUCCAGCAUGUUGCGCAAGGCUUGCUGAGGAAGCUGCGGCUCCUCUAGUCCGAGCGGGAUUUCAUGUAAAAGCAUCAGAAAGAUUGGCAGCCAGAUUGAUGUGAUAUCUGUGGAAAAUGAAGUAAAGCAACAUGACUAAGGCUUAUUUCUCAUUCUGCAAUUAUACUGAGCAAGGGCUAAAUUGGCUCUAAUUACUCUGUGAUUUUCAGCUUUUUCUUGACAAACCAGAAAGAUGGGAAAAUAAAUUGGCCUUUAAUAAAUGCAAUACCAUGCUCACAUCGAAGAGGAUAAUAGCCCUCCUCAUGCUAAUAUCAUAAGGGCUGCAAAAAGACCAAAUCUCUGUUCUCUUUGGAUGCUUCAAGCAGUAUAAAGAAGUGGCUUCCUCAUGACAACAUGUCAGUGAAAGAUCUCAGCCCCCGACAUAGUUCAAAGUCCCGUGUAGUACAGCGGGCCUCUACUGUUGAUGUUGCCUCUGAUAUGUCAGGUUUAUCCUUGACAGGAAACAUCCAAGAUCCAGAUGAGCCAAUCUUAGAAUUUAGUUUAGCUUGCAGUGAACUAUUAACUCCAUCACUAGAUAGGAAGCCAAAUUGUUUUGUAGCAGUGAGUGUGACUACACCACCUCAGGCAUUCUGGACAAAGCAUGCUCAAACAGAAAUUAUUGAGGGCACAAAUAAUCCCAUCUUUCUAAGCAGCAUUGCCUUUUUUCAAGACUCUCUUAUUAAUCAGAUGACACAAAUUAAACUUUCUAUAUACGAUGUAAAAGAUAGAUCUCAGGGAACUAUGUAUUUAUUGGGUUCUGUGAUAUUCACUGUACAGGAUCUACUUAAGGAGAAAAGUCAUAGGCUGCACUUAACACUAAGAUCUGCGGAAAAUGACCGUGUCGGGAACAUUACAGCCAUAGGAUGGCAGAUGGAAGAAAACACAGAUGAAAGGCCUCCUGUGACCAGAUCUCCUGAUACUAUUAAUGGAAGGACUGUGCUACCAGUUGAUGAAAGUUUGACAGAGUCCUUAGGAAUCCGAACCAAAUAUGCUUCAUUACGAAAAGAUGCACUAUUAAAAUCUGUGUUUGGAGGUGCCAUUUGUCGGAUGUAUCGUUUUCCUACCACUGAUGGCAACCAUCUGAGGAUUUUGGAACAAAUGGGAGAGAGUGUGCUCUCUUUACACAUUCCAAGGCAAUUUGUGAAAUUGCUGCUAGAGGAAGAUGCUGCAAGGAUUUGUGAACUUGAAGAACUGGGAGACCUGUCUCCCUGCUGGGAAAGUCUUCGUCGGCAAAUAGUCACUCAGUACCAAACAAUUAUUCUGACCUAUCAGGACAACCUGACAAAUCUUCAUCAGUAUAAAGGACCAUCUUUCAAAGCAAGUAGUCUGAAAGGUGAUAAAAAGCUUGAAUUCAUGCCCACAAAUUUACAUAUACAACGAAUGAGGGUCCAGGAUGAUGCGGGAUCAGAUGAGAAUUAUGACAUUGUAACUAUAGGAGCACCAGCAGCUCACUGCCAGGCAUUUAAAUCUGGAGGACUGCGGAAAAAACUACAUAAAUUUGAAGAUGCAAAGAAACACAGUUUUGAGGAAAGUUGCACUGCAAACAAUUCUCAGUCUAUAAUAUACAUACCGCAGGAUAUUAUUCGAGCAAAGGAGAUUAUUGCACAGAUCAAUACCCUGAAAACUCAAGUUAGUUACUAUGCAGAAAGACUUUCCAGAGCUGCCAAGGAUAAAUCAGCGAAUGGACUUGAGAGAACACUUGCCAUUUUGGCAGAUAAGACCCGGCAGCUUGUCACUGUCUGUGACUGCAAGCUGUUGGCAAAUUCAAUUCACGCCCUGAAUGCUGCAAGACCAGAUUAUAUAGCUUCAAAGGCUUCUCCAACAUCUACAGAAGGAGAACAAGUGGUGCUAAGAAAUGACCAAGAUACUUUGGUGGCCAGGUGGGCAGGAAGAAAUAGCCGUUCUUCUCUACAGGUGGAUUGGCACGAAGAAGAGUGGGAAAAAGUCUGGGUGAAUGUUGAUAAAAGUCUUGAAUGCAUUAUCCAGAGGGUAGACAAGCUUCUCCAGAAAGAACGAUUACAAAGUGAUAGCUGUGAAGAUGUCUUCCUGUGUGAAGUCAGCUGCUCUAGCAAGAAAGGUAAACAAGAUACCCGUGCAUACUGGAUAAAGCCAGAGAUCUUAAAUGAAAUCAUCUCAUCUUCAUCAUCCCCACCAUCAUCUUCAUCCAUUUCAUCCUCUGCAUGCCAUUUUCCCAGAAUCACAAAUUGCAGUCCUACUCCUGAAGAAUCCAACCCAGGUGAAUGGAGUGAGGCUCUUUAUCCUCUGCUAACAACGCUCACGGACUGUGUGGCCAUGAUGAGUGACACAGCAAAGAAAGCAAUGGUCUUUCUUUUAAUGCAGGACAGUGCCCCCACCAUAGCUCUUUGCUUAAGCCUUCAGUACCGGAGGGAUGUGGUCUUUUGCCAAACUCUUACUGCCCUGAUCUGUGGUUUCAUUAUCAAGCUGAGGAAUUGCCUGCAUGAUAAUGGAUUCCUGAGGCAGCUGUAUACCAUUGGUCUGCUGGCCCAGUUUGAAAGCCUUUUAAGUACUUACGGAGAAGAACUGGCUAUGCUAGAAGAUAUGAGUGUGGGAAUAAUGGACUUGAGAAAUGUAACGUUUAAAGUAACUCAGGCCACUUCUAUGGCUUCUGCUGAUAUGCUGCCAGUCAUUACAGGAAAUAGGGAUGGAUUUAAUGUGAGGAUUCCACUACCAAGCACCUUGUUCGAUGCCUUGCCUCGUGAAAUCCAGAGUGGCAUGUUGCUGAGAGUUCAACCAGUACUCUUCAACGUGGGAAUCAAUGAACAGCAGACUUUAGCAGAAAAGUUUGGCGAUACCUCCUUGCAGGAAAUUAUUAACAUGGAAAGCUUAGUGCGGUUGAAUUCCUACUUUGAACAGUUCAAAGAAGUUUUGCCUGAAGAUUGUCUACCUCGAUCUCGGAGUCAAACAUGCCUGCCUGAACUAUUGAGAUUCCUUGGACAGAAUGUACAUGCAAGAAAAAAUAAGAAUGUUGAUAUUCUUUGGCAAGCUGCUGAGAUUUGCCGCAGACUAAAUGGUGUUCGGUUUACAAGCUGUAAAAGUGCCAAGGAUCGGACUGCCAUGUCGGUGACCCUGGAGCAAUGUCUCAUACUGCAACAUGAACAUGGAAUGGCUCCGCAGGUCUUCACUCAGGCCCUGGAGUGCAUGAGGAGCGAGGGCUGUCGAAGAGAAAAUACAAUGAAGAAUGUUGGAUGUCGCAAAUAUGCAUUUAAUUCCUUGCAGCUGAAGGCUUUCCCCAAGUAUUACAGGCCUCCUGAAGGAACUUAUGGAAAAGUUGACUCAUAGGAUUACGGUGUCUUGUAAUUAAUUAGUUGUUCCGUUAAAAUAUGUGAAUACACUCAACUUUAGUAUAAGAACUUUGAUGACAAUGUCAGAAAAAAUGUUUUUGUAUGUUUCACUAAGAAAUACUGAGCAUGUAAUUUUGUUAAACUGGAUUCCAUAGAAAGAAAACAAUUACAUGCUAAAUAAUUAUAACAUGAAACUAAUGUAAUGAUUGCCCAGUAUAAGAUGCCUGCAUACAUUAGUUAAUUAAUCUCUUUGCCUAAAGAAAGAUAAUUCCUGGACUGUGGAGGAUUUUAUGAAUUAGGCAGCUGUUUCCCUCAUUUUUAUACUGAUUUUAUUUAAAACUUUCAUAAUACUUUUUAAAACCUCAGUGCUGUAAAUAGUAAAUAAAUUGGAAAUGAGGAGUUGUGACAAGUACAACAGGUAUUACAAGUAGAAGAAAAGGCUCAGUUUAAAAAACCGAGCAGUGCAUUAAAAUAUAAAGUUGGGAAUUUAAAUUUAUUAAAACACUAUUAUAUAAAAGAGUUAUAUAGAAGACAGGAACUGACACAUAACCCUAUUUGAUUUUGUUUAGAAACUGGAUUGAAAGGUGAUAAUUUCACUUAAGGAAGAAACCUAUUGCAUUCCAACACCUAAAAAUCCUUUUAAAAUACAAAAAAAUGAUAGUUGCUCAUAAGAAAAUACUGUCUACAUCUAGUAAAGCAUGACUUAGCCCUAAACAAUGAAUCCAAACAAAAGGUAUGGUAUCCAUAUCUAGUUACAAAACAGAAGUGGAUUUCUACCUGCAGUUUGAAGGACUUCAUUGGGCUGAAUCGUCUGUGUCUUCCACAUCAUAAUAAUUUUAAUUAUUGUCACUUUACCCUACUUUGUUUGCUUGUGAGUUAGCUGAUUCCACAGUGAUACAUAGUGUAAACUAGCAUGUACAGGUCAGAUCUUCCGAGUUCCUUUUUUUUAAUGACAAGAAUGAUUUUAGGCAAACAUAUUUGCAUACAAAAACUGUCCUAUGCUGCAUUUAAGAAUAUUGCAAAUUCCUAAGAUGCUUGCUUGUUAGAUCCUAUCCACAAUGUAGGUGCACUUUAGUUUACAUAAAUCAGUGUUCCUCAUUUUCCUGUUGAAACUCCUACUUUGAAUAUUGUUUUAUAUAUCCAGUACCCAUUACUAAUUUUUGAAACUCAGUAAUCUACAAUUUGUUCCAGAACAUCAGAGUUUGAAUUUCAGGUUAAUGAAUUGACAGAGAAGGGGAAUAAUUUCCUACAUUAUUUAAUAAGAGUUAUUGUUUACUUAGGAAUUGAUCUGUAACAGAACCCAAAUUUCCAUGAACACUCUUGGUGUUGCUAAACUAUAACUUAUUCCUUUGUUCAUUAUUCCUGUAACAAAUUCAUACUUUAAAAGCAAGAUGAACCACCACUUGAAAAAUAUAGUGGUACCAGUACAUACUUACAGAAGAGUAGCAUAUUCAUUAAAUGACUAUUAAUAUAUAACAACUUUGAUUAAUAGGUCACUGUAUAUGUUUUUAUGGAUGUGAAUGUUUAUCAUCUGAAAUGCUACGGAUCAGUAGUAGUGUUUGGAUGGAUUUUGGAAGCUGUAGGCAGGUUGCGAAAUCCUUCCAACUUUUCAUUCUAACAAUUUAACCCCAACAUGUUUAAAUUCCAUUGAUACUUGAGGGAUUUACUUACAUUAGCAUUAUUGGCCAUUUAAUGAAAAGAGGAAAAUGGCACAAUUUUCAAGAAAGAGUCUGGUAUUCAAAUAUUUUACUUUAUUCUGCCUUUUUUUGCACUUUAUAUUUAUUGAAGGUAUGAAUGUUUUUUUCAGACCCAAGAAAUUUGUUUUAACAUUGCCUUUUAGUAGCUUAAUGGUUUAAUUCUUAUAUGUACUAAACAGUCUGGAUCCCUCAGAAUGCAAUAAAUUAAUUAAUCAUGCAUUGUUUCGCAAACUUGGUAACUUGGAGAUGUGCAGACUUCAGUUCCCAGAAUUCCCCAGGCAACAUGCUGGCUGGGGAAUUCUGGGAGUUGAAAUCCACACAUCUUCAAGUUACCAGAUUUGGGAAACAGUGCUUUCAAGUCUUAAACCGAACAGGCAAAGGAAUAAUCAUAUCUGUUGCUCAUGGAAUUCCUGGUAGUAGCUAAGAUUAACAGGGCAAAGCAGUGAAGUCAACAAGAGUUGAGAUUUGCAAGUAAGCUUCCCUUGAUCAACAAAGUUAGCUGCAAAACAAUUUAAAACAAAAUACAAAUCAGGCUGCCAUGAAAAGUUGUUCCCCUCCAAACUGUAUUUGGGCGGCACCUUGCAUAGAAAAUAUUCCCUUCCUGAGGUCUCCUGGCAGUGAACAAUGCUGAACUGUUUCCAGUCUGCAAGUACCUAAAGGUAUCCUUCUGCAGCUAAGAACAUCUUUGGCUUUCCUUCCUGUGUUUGCAUAAUAUAUUGAAUGGCGGAAUUCUGUAAAAUUGGUGGUUAAGUUUAUAUUUUCAGGAAAAUUUCAAAUGUGACAGAGAAACUCCUUUUGAUUUAUGCUAGUUUGUUUAAUGUUUCUUCUCUGUUCAUCCUCUCCCCACCCCUCUGUGUGCAAAAUGUAUUUAUAUUUAAAUGCUUAAUAUAAUUCACUUUUUAAAGACUGCCUUGGCAAGAAAGACUAUUAGAUCUGAAACUAUUGUUUUAACUUAAAUUUUCUGACAUUAAAACUUGUUGCCAGCAAAAGUACCAUAUUUUUCAGAGUAUAAGAUGCACUCCCCCCCCCCAAGAGGCUGAAAACUUGGGUGCGUCUUAUACUCCAAACGUAGCUUUUGCCUGCUCCCUCCGACUCUUAGCUUGCUUUAGAAGCUUUUUUUUCAGCCCUAAUGAGGCGCUAGCGAGUGAAGCAAUUUUUGCCUGCUUUUCUCAUUGCUUCUCUCUCCAAAGAUCAGCUGUGCUUUAGAAGCUGUUUUUUAUCCCCAAGUAGUGGAUAAAAAGCACGUGGGCGCUCAAAACCAGCAAACUAAUGUGCUAAAGCUGACUAGACUAAGGACGCUAGCCAGAUGAAUACCUGGCAGGCAGAUUUUUCCUUCCCUAUUUUCCUCCCCAAAAACUACUCUGGUGCGUCUUAUACUCCAAAAAAUACAGUAGUUAAGAUAAAUUCCGUGAUUGCUACCAGCACAGUGUAUUAUUCUCCUUCAUUAGUCUUCUCCUAGAAGCAAUUAGGAUCCCCACCCAUUUUGUAAUGGGAAAAGGAAAUUCUGUUCCGCUGUUAUUUCCAUUAGUGUGAACAUAUUUCCAUUGUGUAAACAUAAAGCUCAUAUGCAUUAGGAAUCUAUAGGUUUUUCAGAAAAGAGAACUUUAAAUCAGACCUGUCAGCACUGCAAAAUGUAUGCCAUGGAAGAUAUUUCGCUACUCCCAUUCUGAGUUAGGUUAGAUCUUUAUUUUACAUUCUGAUUGACAGUACUAUACCGACUUAACAGCUGUGAAAAGCUAAUGUACUACUUUUUAAAGCAAUUCCCAAAUUCUCUGAAUGAAUAAUUAUUUCUCUUCUACCCUUUCUGAGAACAGGACUCCAGUGUACAAUGCUGCAUCACAUGUGACAAACAAAUGCAAAAUUCUGAUUUCAUUUCUUUUGCAUAGAUUUCCCUAAAGGAAAAUAAAUAUAGCUCAAUAAAAACAUAGGAACUAAAGAAAGCAUAUAUCCAUAUAGAAAACAUCAAAUGAACAGACUUUUCUAAAAUAUUUGUUUUGUUGCCAUAGAAAAUUCAUUAUUAGGAACUAUUGUAUGAACCUCAUGCUAACCUUUUUGAGUACAAUUCUUAGAUGAAACUUUAAAAGGAUAUACAGUUACUGCCAAGCUUAUUCUGUACAUGUCUGUAAAAGCAGCCACAGCACUGCUGCCUUUGAGUUUUUCAUUUAUAUACAAUAUGUAUAGCUGUUGUAAAAUAGAACAUAGUUUUGUCCGAGCACAGUUGUAUUUCCUAAAACUUUUUGCAUUGAUUUUAUUUUAUUUAUUUGUUUGGAACAGUAUUGGCGUACCAUAAACAUAUGGUUACUGUUUUGUAUAGUCUUAAUUCACCCAGUCCAUGUAUGCUGUAAAUGUGCUAGUCUUUAGGAAUUUUAAAAAAAAAUAAAGAACUGACAAGCA